AUGAGGUGUGAGAAUCGAAAUUCGCCCAUUGAUGAAGCGUGUAUAGUGUCUCCGGAAGAUAUCCGAGCAUGGGACAGUGUCAGCCGUUGCUGUAGUCCAGAACGCUUUCGUAUGGACCUCAAUGCGACAGCGGCAACUCCUUGGAACAAGUCUGUAGCCAAGGUUUUCGUGAAGGACUUCAUCGCGGCGGAAGUAUAUCAGUGUCGAAGCGAGAUCAAGAUUGAGAGAGCAUUCAUUGCCCAUUUCAGGACACUAAAAAGGCGUUACGAACGGCAAAGGCAGACGGACGCAGAAAUUAGCCGGAGUACGCACAACCAUGCGAAGGACCAGCGAAGACAUACUGUGAGCUUUUCUUUUCUGCUCUUUCAACAACGGCUCAAAAUCGCUGUAAAUACUGCUCAACUGCGGAAGCAUGUGAACAUCCUGCGAGACCUCAGACCGGAUGGUAUGAGCUCUGACGAGCCCGACCCCGUCGAUAUGGGUUUGGGAGUGCGACAGUAUUGCAUAUCAAUUAUGCCGUGGAGGAGCCCAGCACUCAAUAGCUGGUUGCGAGUUUUCGACACUACAUACCGUUUCUCGAAAUUUUAUUUGCAGGAGGAUGACCGCGGCGCCCCUCCACGUGUACGAACUGCUAUCCUGCCUAACUCUGCUCGUCCACAGGAUUAUAGCAGCCGUCGCCCAGUGCCUGGAUUGCCAGGUAAUACUUACAAUCCAGAGUGGCUCCGACGACUGCAUCCGGUCGAACUAGAAGAUCUUCGUAGAGGCGCAGAAUAUUCAUUCAUUCAUGACGAUGAGUUGUUCAAGUAA